AUGGAGUAUGUGUUAGGUGAAGCUCAUCAUCUGUCAGAGUUGAGGAUUGUGCUGCUGGGAUUCAUGAGAGCUGGGAAGAGUUCAUCAGGAAAUACCAUCAUGGGCAGAGAGGAGUUUGAUACUGAAGGGAAAACAACUCAGUGUGUGAAGAGACAGGGACAAGUAGCAGGGAAGCAGGUCACUGUGGUGGAGGCUCCAGGAUGGUGGAGGGAUUAUCAGUUAGAGAAAAAUGAGAUUGAGCUCAGUGUGUCUCUGUGUCCUCCUGGACCCCACGCUCUGCUGCUGGUCGUAGAUUUGGACAAUUCAUUCACAGAAACAGAGAGAGGAUCAGUGCAGGGACACCUGGAGCUUCUCAGUGAGAGAGUGUGGAGUCACACUAUAGUGCUGUUCACCUGUGGAGACUGGCUGGGAGACACACCCAUUGAGCAGCACAUUGAGAGUGAAGGAGAGAGUCUGCAGUGGCUGGUAGAGAAAUGUGGGAACAGAUAUCAUGUCCUCAACAAUCAGAAGAGAGAAGAUCACAUGCAGGUUACACAGCUGAUGGAGAAGAUAGAAGAGAUGGUGGCAGGAAACAGAGGACAUCAUUAUGAGAUUG